UCGGUGAUUUCCCUUUCAGAGACCCAGCAUGCCCAAUUACAAGCUGACGUACUUCAAUCUGCGAGGAAGAGCAGAAAUCAGCCGCUACAUUUUUGCUUAUUCAGGCAUAAAGUAUGAAGACCAUAGAUUGGAAGGAGCGGACUGGCCCAAAAUUAAGCCAACUAUCCCAUUCGGCAAAGUCCCCAUUCUGGAAGUAGAUGGAGUGAUAAUUCACCAGAGCCUGGCAAUCGCAAGGUACCUUGCCAGAGAAUCAGGUCUGGCAGGUCAGACUCCAGUGGAGCAGGCGUUGGUUGAUGCCAUUGUGGACACCAUGGAUGAUUUCAUGAUACUGCUCCCCUGGGCAGAGAAAAAUCAGGAUGUGAGGGUAAGACAGCCACUAAGCUAAAAAAAGGUAACCUAU